AUGGUUUAUUCCUCGACGGGAAGCGGAUUGGGCCAAAGCUGGGCUGACUGCCCCACGCUCCAGCCCAAGGCUGGCCGGCGCUCCUGGCGCCAUCUGCUGGCGGCUUCCUUGAACUACAUCAGACAGCCCUGGGGCGUGGCCACCUGGUCGCUGCGGUGGGUGCGGGACCAUCGGGGACAGAACACGACCAUCUGGACGAAGGGGCGGGAAGCUCGGGGCUCUGGCAGGGACUGGGGUCCACCCCUCCCUCCUGUGGUGGCGGAUGGUGGAAGGGGCACCCUGAUCAAGACGCUCCGCUGCCUGAAAAACAGACUGCAAAUAAAUAAAGUGCAUUGGGAGCCCUUCAAGCAGCAAGAGCCCCGCGCGGGUGACAAGGCAGAGGUGGGAGGGCAGAAGCGGCUAACGACGACGCAAGGCCAGGCUGGUGACACCAAGUUAAAAGUUGUCCAGGGAGUCGUGACCAAAUUCUGUAGUGACCAUGGAUUCAUUGAUGAGUUGAUCUACUUCAGCAGUGAUGUUGUCACUGGCAACGUGCUUCUGAAAGUUGGGCAAAAGGUUACUGCAGUUGUGCAAGAAGAUAGAACAUCUCAUAGACUGAAAGCCAUCAAAGUAGAUGCUUUCUGCGAUGAAUGCCAUGAUGAUGGGCCGCCAGACCCCUGCCCUAGAGUUUCCCUGGGCUGUAUUAACUCUCUGAUGGAAGAUGGCCACUGCAUUCAUCACACAACUUACUUCUCUCUGGAUGUUGUUUGUAAAGGUUUUGAGCCUUAUCAGGGUGACCGAGUAGAAGUUGAGUUUUCCACCCAGCCAGACACAGGGAGCAGAAAGGCCCUCUCAGUGAAGCCUCUGAGACAUAAGCACGUUCAUGAGGCCUGCAUCACUAGCCUACAUGGAAGAAAUGGGGUGAUAGGUGAUGAUAUCUUUUUCACCCUGGAUUCUCUGAAACUUCCUGAUGGCUACGUACCUCAAGUAUCUGACAUCGUCAAUGCGGUUGCAGUAGAGAGCAUCCAGUCCUGCUAUAUUUGGAGAGCAAUUUCUAUGACUCUAGUGAAGAGGGGUUAAUAAGAAAGCAAUGUUUUUAUUCCCUGUGCAGCUUUUUCUUCUCUUGGCUGUCAGAGCCUGGUUUAAAUGUGUUUGGAAAGAAAACAGUUUAGUUAAACCUCAACAAUUAAUUCAAAGACAAGGUUUCAAAUCCUGUGUGGCUUGGCUAAACAGAGUGCAUCUUCUGCAGAGUGUUUGGCAUUUUCCAUUAUUGAUUAAAGACAUUUUCAUCUUCA